CCUCAGCACACGGUCAGCCCACGUCCGGCUACCUGCCCAGCACAGCGCAGACGAGCUGCGGUCCACCCAUAGAGCUGUGCCUGUGGCCUGCUUUUGCAUAAAUAAGUCCAGGAAACAGCUGAAGAAUCAACAGUGAACUACAGAUCGGUGGAUGAAUAAAUUCUAUGUCAUUCAAAAUCAUGGGUUUUCUGUUGUUACAUUGUGUGAUUGCAGUAAGAGAGAAAUGAAACAGCGCUCUUUCUGUCCUCCUUGAGUCUGAAUCAAUACACUCUAAUUGUGAAUCUGCAUUCAGCCAGGACAUCCUGCUGCUCUUAAAUAGCCUAUGAGAAGGACACUGAUGCAAGGUGGAUGUAUUUUAAUUUGGCAAGCAUCCAGAGGUGUGACAGGAAGGCCCUGGAGCAGUGAGUAGUGAGGUGCAGGUGCUCCAUCCAUGUUUUCUUGAACAGUGAAGCUUGCUGCAAGAGGCAUUCCUUAUGGAAUGGUGGGACAAGACAGCAUUCCUUCUGGAAACCAGCAAGAGAUGCCAAUUUCAAAGGCACCAUGAAAAGCAGAAAAAGCAUGAGAUACGGUAUACAGCAAGUUGAGAGACCGUGAGACCCUCGCUAAGUUGGGCACCGGGACUGUGAGGACAUCGCACAGCUGCCAGCCCUCAUCUCAAGACUAUGCCCUUCGGGACACAGUGUCCUGCUCUCCAAGUGUUGGCUGAUAUCCCUCUCACCAUACUGCACUGGCUGUCUUGACCCAAAGCUGUUCUCUGCUUUUUCAGGAAACAAACUGGGUGGAAGUCCAGGGCUGAAACUUCCUUCUUGGUGUCUGACAGGGACUGACGUAUCCUAGGUCCUUUGAAUCCCGGAAGUUCAGGACACACCCAGCCCUGAUUGCAACAUCCGAACGAACACUGGAGGGUAGGUGAGAGGACAGAAGUGAAAAGCACUUGGACAUGAGGGACCCACUGGCAGACUGUUCGUACAACAAGGCUUACAAGAGCCUCAAGGAACUUUCUCAAAAUGGAGAGAAUUUCUGCAAGCAGAUCACCUCUAUUCUUCAGCAAAGGGCGAACCUGGAAAUCAGCUAUGCCAAAGGACUUCAGAAACUGGCCACCAAGUUGAACAAAGUAUUGCAGGGCACCAAGAAAAACUGUCUCAGCAGCGCCUGGGCGUGGGCCUCGGAGGGCAUGAAAUCUGCCGCGGAGCUGCAUCAAAAACUUGGCAAAGCAAUUGAGUUGGAGGCAAUAAAGCCAACUCAUCAAGUCCUGAGUGUGCAGGAGAAGAAGAGAAAAUCACUUGAUAAUGAAGUUGAAAAGACAGCAAGUCUUGUUAUGAGCAACUGGAGUCAGCAAAUUAAGGCUAAGAAGAAAUUAAUGGUGAGUACCAAGAAGCAUGAAGCCCUCUUCCAUCUUAUAGAAAGCUCCAAGCAAUCCAUGAGCGAGAAGGAAAAGCAGAAACUCUUCAAUAAACUGAAAAAAUCGACAGAAAAGUUGGAAAAGGAAGAUGAAAAUUACUACCAAAAGAACAUGGCAGGCUAUUCAACCAGACUGAAAUGGGAAAACACACUAGAAAACUGUUACAAGAGCAUCCUGGAGCUGGAGAAGGAAAGAAUUCAGCUUCUAUGCAACAAUUUAAAUCAGUACAGCCAGCACAUUUCUCUCUUUGGCCAAACCCUGACCACGUGCCACACACAGAUCCACUGCGCCAUCAGCAAGGUGGAUGCCGAAAAAGACGUCCAGACUCUCAUGGAGGAAACUGCAAUGUUAUCGGCAGACAACAAAUCUGAGUUCCUGUUAACCGAUUACUUCGAAGAAGAUCCUAACAAUGCAAUGGAUAAAGAGAGACGAAAAUCCUUAAUAAAACCAAAAUUGUUGAGACUGCAAAAAGACAUUGAAAAAGCCUCCAAGGACAAGGAGGGCCUGGAACGAAUGCUUAACACAUACUCCAGCAACUCAUCCUUCUCAGAUGAAAAGAGCCAGAAAGACACAGCGACAUUAAUGGAUGAGAACAAUUUGAAACUAGAUCUUCUGCAAGCAAACUCUUAUAAACUGUCAUCAGUAUUAGCAGAACUCGAGCAAAGAACGAAACCCAGCCAUCCCUGCAGUAACUCCAUCUUCAAGUGGAAAGAAAAGGAGCAUACUCAUACUUAUGUAAAGAUAUCUCGGCCUUUUCUGACAAAGAGAUUAGAGAACGUUUUGAGUAGGACAUCUUCCCAUGGGCAGAAUAAUCCAAGUUCUUCCUCUUCAGCUUCCAGUGCAGCCCAGGAUGGCAACUGUCUCUGCAAGGCCUUAUAUUCUUUUCAAGCCAGGCAAGAUGAUGAGUUGAAUUUGGAGAAAGGAGACAUUGUGACUCUACAUGAAAAGAAAGAAGAAGGAUGGUGGUUUGGAUCCCUCAAGGGAAGAAAGGGCCAUUUUCCUGCUGCCUACGUGGAGGAGCUCCCUUCAAAGGCCGGCCAUGCAGCUACACAGGCAUAAACCAAGAUUCUGACCACACUGCCUUACACACUCUGAAAACUGCACAGUGUGCCACAAAGAAAGCUAAGAUGCAUUAUGUUUGCAAGUUUGCUUUUUCAAUGGGUGGUAGCGUCCUAUUUACAUGUCCUGGACCUUUGUACCCAUGGUAAUUUGCUUGAAACAAAGUGAGAUUAAAAAAUGAAUGGAUAGAGAGAAGUAGGAAAGAGGAUCUAUGGUUCCAGAAGUUUAUGAAUGUUAUGAACUCUUUGAUAUGAAGCAGGAUAAGCCUUCACGUAACAGAGAGAGGUUCUGAAUCUAGUGUGGGUUCAGCCACUUGUCCAGAAUCAGUUACCUGGUAGCACAACAGCAAUUCUAAUGUCCUUUUCCUCUGGAUGUUGGUGGUAGCAAGACAGAGUAGGCCUACAAGAGGUCAAGCAAGUCCUGAGAGGUGACAAAGAACACAGAUCAAGUCCAAGAUUAGUGACAGGCAUGCAAGACACCAGGGAGAUAGUCCCAGGAGAGGAGACAGAAAGAUAAAAGCUCAAAAGCCAAGCACAAGAGUCCAUGGAAUGAGAAGGGGAGAUGAGAGACAAGAAGCCUGGAUCCGCGGCAGCGGGCCUCAGGAAGAAUGGAGGUCCACCCUGAGUCAGUGCCCUUCUCAGUGGUGGCUUCUCACACAGCUCCUGCACAUCGCCAGCUGCUCCUAGUGAGUUCAGGUGUAAGUUGGAGAUGGCUGGGAACAGGAUGGCAACAGCAACGUGAACAGAAAAAAACUAGGCGGAAGACAAUGCCUGAAAUUCAUAUUUCUUUGCCCAUUUGAAAACAUAUUUUAGCAAUGUGGAUAUAAGGUGUUUUGUACUUCACAAAAUGAUGGAUGGAACACCUUAUGUAUCUCCCUAGUAAAAAGAUUCUCUUGUCUCAGCCUCCCUAGCACUAGGAUUACAGGCAUGCACCACAACACCCGAAGUCCCAGGCCAGCACA